AUGGCUGAUAAACGCACCAUCGUCCUCGAGCAGCUCAAAUGUUUGAUAAAGUCCCUCGUUGAUACUCCCUUCAAUCCCCUCUCCGAGAAGACCGAGAUCACAGACGCUGACCUAGCGCCGUAUCACAUUCGCCGAGUGGAUUUCGACAUUGAGGUAGCCCCGGGUCCUGAGUCGACAAUCCUCUUCGAGCCCCUCCCGCAGUGGAAGCUGGACCGUCAUUCGGUUCGAGCAACGGCCGACGAGGAGUCGAAGGAAUACCGCGACUAUCCUGCUGAUCCCGAAGCUCGACAGGGAUUACCUUACAAACCACAUUCCUGUGCGCGCAGAAUCUAUCGGUACCUCAGUCGCUGGGUCUCUCGCAUCCCCCAGGUCGGCUAUCCUCGGGACUACCCCAGAAGCUCGCUGGUCCACUUCGGCCUGCAAUCUGACGUGGGCUGGAAGCAUAUCCGUGUCCCCGAUCCUUACAUCCUUCACAGCGCCGGGUGGGAAGGACGUCUCGGCUUCGACAAGGGCUGGGUGGCACUCGAGGAGCACGAAUUCAAGAGAGACGAAAACGGCUCCCGUCACCCCCAUUUGAUCCUCUUUACAGAACAGCGACGCAAUGGCCGUGAAGGAACCCUCCUGUAUGGUGAGGUUGCCCCGCUGAUUGCUUCGAUGUACGCCCGUUCGGUUCAGCGCGACAUCCCGGAGGAUCGGUUGCACCCCGAGGUACAGGACAGCAUUAUGGAGGACGAUGGGCUCGACAAGCUCGUCAACAAGCCCUCGCUCCUCGAAAAUUAUGACCUGGCCUUUGACAGGAAAGCGAAUUACCUGUGCUGA